ACAAACCUCGAACCGAUCGGUCGAUUGUAUACUGGGUUCUUAGUGAUGAAGAAAUUUCGUGCAUUCACCUGUAGUGCACUGCUGUUAUCGGCCCUUCUGGCCGUAACACCGAGUGUUGUUCAAGCACGUGGCAUAGUGUCCGGACGAGCGUUUGACUCCUACCGACUGCCGAAUACCACGGUCCCAACGCACUACACUCUCCGCCUGGAUACUGAUAUACACCGGGAAAUCUUCGACUACACUGGAAAUGUUCAAAUUCGAAUAAACGUACUGGAAGCGACCGACCAAAUCGUGCUACACAGUUCGCGUAGUGAAAUUACGCAUGUGCAGCUCAGGAAUGGCGUAGGAUUAAGCGUUCCAGUGAAAAAUUUUGAGUUGGACGAAGACAAAGAGUUUCUUGUGGUUAAUGUUGGAACGACGUUGCAGCCUAAUACUGGCACCUACACACUUGAGAUAGAUUUCACCAACAGUAUCGCUCGUAACGAUCAGGCCGGUUUCUACCGAUCGUCUUACGAUGACGAAAACGGUGUUAGACGUUAUCUGGGACUUACGCAGUUCGAAUCGGUCGAUGCAAGAACAUCCUUUCCGUGCUAUGAUGAGCCCGGAAUAAAGACAACUUAUGAUAUUCUUAUCGUUUGUGGCAUCGACUAUCACGCCCGCUCAAACGCACCACUGCGCGGGAUCCAAUUGCUAGAGGGCGGCAAAAAGCUUUCCACAUUUGCCACGACCCCUCGUAUGCAAACGUAUCUUGUUGCCUGGUUGGUGUCCGAUUUUAAAUACGAACGCGAGGUGUUAACUGACCCACAACUGGCCAUCGCUUCAUGGUCCAAGCCCAGUUCGGUACAUCUGCUAUCCUAUUCCGUCGAUGCUUCCAAGCGCUUUAUGCGUGCCAUGGAAGAGUACUUCGAUCAGCUUUACAGCAUGUCCAAGAUUGACAAUGUGGCCAUCAAAGAUGAGGACUACGCUGCCGGAGCAAUGGAAAAUUGGGGUCUCGUGACCUACAAAGAGUCUGCUAUCUCGUACGGACCAGAAGAUGGUGAGCAACGACAGGUUGGCGUCGUAACGAUCGUUGGCCAUGAGUUCACACAUCAGUUCUUCGGCAACCUGCUGGCACCGAAAUGGUGGAGCUACCUGUGGCUAAACGAAGGUUUUGCUAGGCUCUAUCAGUACUACCUCGGAGCGAUCAGUCACCCAGAACUGCAACUUCGAGAGCGCUUCGUAACCGGACCAUUCCAGACCGCACUGAGGGCGGAUAAUUCGCUUACUGUUCGCCCCAUGACGUACUACACGGAAACGCGCCCCAGUAUCAGCCGUCUUUUUGAUAACAUUGCAUACGACAAGUCUGCGUGUGUGCUCCGUAUGAUGAACUACGCACUGGGCGAGCGCACUUUCCAAAAGGGGCUACGGUACUACCUUCAACAGAACAAAGAGCGUGGUGUUGUCGAGGAAUCCAACCUAUUCGACAGUCUCGAACAGGCCGCAAAAGAAGACGCUGUCCUUCCUAUUUCUCUAUCCAUACACGAAAUUUUUGGCUCCUGGUCACACCAGCCAGGCGUUCCACUGGUAAAAGUUCGCCGUGAUGGCAAUGAAUAUUUGUUUACACAGGAACGUUACAUCGCGAACACUCCUCCGGAGGAACCAUUCGAAAACUCGUGGUGGAUACCCAUUUCCUUUUCCACUCCGUCCAACAAUGCCUUUGAAAAAUUACCUGCAUUCUGGAUGCCCCCGAAUGUCUCAGAGGUAGCGUACACAAUUGAAACUGUCCAGGAUGAGGUGGUGUCGUUCAACCCUCACUCUACCGGUUACUAUCGAGUAGAGUACGAAGAAAGUAUGCUCCGAGAGUUGAUCGAGCGAAUUAACAAAGAUCAUACUGGCUUCGAGCCUGCGACACGUGCUCGCCUCAUCGACGAUACUCUGAACAUUGCACAAUCACGAGGUGGCAAUUAUGAUGUGGUACUUCAGCUGCUGAACUAUCUGCAACGCGAAACUGACUACGUGCCCUGGGCUGUGGCGUACGAAAAUUUGCGCCACAUGCAGAGCAUGUUGCGAACGAACGAAGUCGUGUCUCAGUUACUUGAAAGAUUUAUAGAAAAGAUAGCCUCUCCGCUGCUGGAAAGGUACGGUGGUGUAGACCACCGUACAGGGGAGUCUGCAUCAGUCGAGGAACUACGAACCAUCGCCAUCGAUCUGGCGUGUAGUGGUAGUCAAUCGUGCAACGAUGACGCACAAAGUGCAGUUCGUUCUCUGGCAAGCAAGAAGCACUACACGAUGGAGGAUAAUGCAUUGUUGUGCCAUGGACUGCAGCAUUCAAACGCCGAACAACGCAAAGCAUUACAAGCACAGUUCUCCCAAGCGCUGAGCGAUAAAAAUCUUGACAAUCCUUCAGCUAAACAUUUCCUGCAUCAAUCACUUAGCUGCUUGGGUGAGGAUAUGACGAAGGUGCAAUCGUUUGCCAAAUAUUUACUCGCUCUUAGCGAAUCUGAUCGUACCAAAGCACUUCAUCGCUUACUUGUAGAGUUGAAUGUGCCGCUUGCAGAAAUCGUACAAUCGCUACAAUCGGAACUAUCGCAACGUCGCAGCAAUUCUGUUUACUACAAACACGGACCCAAAUUAAUCUUUGAGAUAGCUCGUUACGUCACAGACCCUGCGGAUGUACAGCUACUGAGCUCUGUCGCUUCUUCUUAUGACUCUUGGGUAGCUUCCGAAAUCGAACAGCAAGUGAACGCUAAUCUUAAUUGGGUAGAACAGAACGUCGAACCAUUGAAAAACGCCCUCACACGAUAUUUCGAUGCCUAAUAUGUGGCUUAAUAUAUAUUAAGGGUUGAAAAACGAAUAAAACGACAGUUUGAUAAUCCGUCA